AUGUCAACAGCAAGCUCACUAAGCUUCUAUCGCACUAGUCCACAAGAGAGUGUAUCAUUAGAUGAUUUCGAAGAGCUGGGUCGAUUACGUCUCAAGCUGUUAAGUCGGACAUGUGCAGAAUGGAGUUCACACACAAGAUCAAAGCCACCAAAUCCUCGUAUGGAUGAAGUUGUCGAAUUACGAGAAGGUACGGAUGCCGAUCUUUUGUCUCAUUAUGCCCUUCGUCUAGCAUUUUGCAGAGUCACGAAUGACUGGAGCUGGUUCAUUUCCGCCGAAUCAAAGCUUUUUGCCGUUCGUCUUAAUAACUUACCACCAGAAUCAGCUGUUACGUUGUUAUCGCGUGAAGGAAUAACCUUUGAACUAUUGGAUCGAGACAACUUUAAGAGUGUUCAAUCACAAAAAGGCAUCUAUCGUGUUCCAUUCACGGAAGCACUACAAUUGGUGAACCAGCGUGAGGUAGUGCUUCAUGAUGGAUACUGCUUCGUACCUUGUCGAAGAAUGAAUAUUGUUGCUAUCCAUCACUUUGAACGAAGUUUGCAAGAUCAAAUGACAGAUCUUCAGUAUGCUCUGCCGGCUCAGGGGCUCGAGCUCGAACGAUUGACGCCAUUACUUGAUGCACUUGUAAAGGAAGCGCAUGUUUUGUCUGGUUCGGAGUCUUUGACGACAAAAUUAUCUGCUCCACAACUCGACGUCAUUAAAAUUGACCAAGUGGCUGAUAUGCACUUCCCAUUGUGCAUGAAGCAACUCCAUCGUAAGUUGCGCGAGAAUCACCACCUCAAAUACGACGGACGCGUCCAGUACCGUUUAUUUCUUAAAGGUGCUGGAAUGUCGGUUCACGAAUGUAUUCAAUUCUUUCGCUCGGAAUUUAUCAAGACAAUUCCUGCUAGCAAGUUUGAUAAAGAAUAUGCAUACCACAUUCGUCAUAGUUAUGGACUUGAAGGCUCUCGGAAAGAUUACAAACCAUUGAGUUGUGAGCAAAUUAUCUCAAAUAACGCACCGAAUCACGGACAAUAUCACGGCUGUCCAUUUAAACAUUGGGAUCGUCAAGCAUUGCAAGACGAAAUUUAUCGUUGUCAUGUACCUGUGCGUACUGCAAUGGAUAUUUUACAACAAGCUACUUCAGGCAAUUUUCAACGUGCAUGCACCUCAUUUUUCUAUGCAACUCAUCAUCGAACGCCUUUGACUCGAUUACCAAAUUGUCCAGACUCCGAUCGCACUGGAAUUGCUCCUAUCAUGAUGCAUCCAAAUGCAUACUUGAAUGCAAGUCUUGAUACUUCCAUUUAA